GCAGUCCGCGGCGGCUCAGAGCAGGGCUAGCACUUGCCCGCUUGGGGCCCCUUGUGGGGUGGGCACAGCAGGGGAUCCCGUUGCCACGAUCACAUCAUGCCGAGGCGGCUGCCGCUUGCCCGUCAUCUGGGGAAAGGGACGAGGCUGGGGAACCUCACGAUUCGGCCGACCGGCUAGUAGCAGAGGCGGAAGAGGCAGUUGCGGAGGAGGAAGAGGAACGCGUGACCGCGAUCGAUCGGCGACGAGGGGGUACGGCACGACAAAGGCUGCUGCGAGAACGCACGGCUAAAGCGGCGGCGGGAAAACUGCCAGGGAACGCACAGGGACGAGCACCGAACUCGCUGAGGGGACGUGGCGGGAGAGGCAGAAGAGGCGCGCGCGGAAGGGGAGGGCGAGGGGGCCUAGCGGCAGCAGUAGCCAGGGAGAAGGCCAGAUCUGGACCGUUGCGGGAAAGACACGGGAGGCCUGAGAGACAGCAGAGAAGGCAGUCGGAAUGGCCAAUAGGUGAAGAUGGAGACGAGGACGAUGAGGAAUAUCGGGAGGAGGAACAAGGGGACUCCGAAGACGUGUCACUGGAGGACGAGCAAGGAAUCCCAUCUACAACCGUAGAUUGUGGAACAAGGAGGGGAGGGAAUGCUGCAUACGCCAACGUGGGCGAGUCACGUGGCAAACAACACGAAGUUUCCAGGUUGUGUGGGGGCGUGGCGAAUCCUCCAAUUCCUACCAAGGCUGACCCUACGAGCCGAAACUGA